AAAUAUGGCGGCCACUAGCGAGACGUGAUUACUCUCGUCGAGUUCGGUCCUCUAUGUUUCUAGAGAAAAGCAAAAUCCAACAACAAUAUUCCCUCAAUUUCCUAAAUUUGCCGACUAGCUGCCUAGCUAGGGUUAGCAUCUCUUACACGAAAAGUAUAUCUGUAUAUGUAUAAAAGAGACUCGCGAGGAUGCACACACGAAUACACACAGCUUUCACUUUCACUUUCGCAGCUGCGCCAAGGAAAAGAAAAGAAGAUGUCUCGAUUCCCAUGUAUGCACUACUCGAUCAUAUCCCGAACCAAAACACUCUCUUGAUUUCUUCCUGAAACCACCACACACACGUCCAUCAGCAGCUCGCAAGCUCGGCUGGUACGCAGGCACACCAUGCGGCGGCUCAGCGACGCAGGGGAGGCCACGCCGCUCGUCACCCCCGCGGCGGCCGCGGCGGCGGGCGGCACCUUGGCGUCGCCGGCCGCUGCGGGGAGCAACGCCAACUUCGACGCCAACAUGGUGAUCAUCCUCGCCGCGCUGCUCUGCGUUCUCAUUUUCGCGCUCGGGCUCAACUCCGUCAUCCGCUGCGUGCUCCAGUGCGGCCGCCGGCUCGCGCCGUCGUCGAGCCUCGCGGCCAGCGCCACCGCGGCGAGGACGACGACAUCCGUGCACGUGCAGGCGGGGCUCAAGAGGAAGGCGCUGAGGAAGAUACCCGUGGAGGUGUAUGGCGGGGCCAAGUCUUCCGGCGGCGCCCUCCCGGCCACGGCCACGGAGUGCGCCAUCUGCCUCGGCGAGUUCGCCGACGGCGAGAAGGUGCGCGUGCUCCCGCGGUGCCACCACGGAUUCCACGUCCGCUGCAUCGACAUGUGGCUCGCCACGCACACCUCCUGCCCCAACUGCCGAGCCUCGCUCGCUGAGGACGGCGCCGCCGCUGCCAACGGCGGAGGGGGAUAGCGCCGGACAGGGCGCCGGAGCAGGUGGACCGGUGAGGUGGUGCAGCUUGGGAGGCGCGACGGCGGCCGUCUCGAUGAGGCGGGGAAGCGAAGGCGGGCAUCCUAGCGGCGGCGGCUGGCAUGGUGGAGCGGGGAACCGGAGGCGGCCGUCCUAGCGGUGGCAUGGUGACGCACCGGAGAGGAGCGACGGAGGGGCAACACGGUGGUGCAGGGCACACAUCCUGAACUUUCAUGCGGGUUUUUACUCGUCAAAUUAUACGGAAAGGGCUAUCUUUUCAUGGUUAAGGGAAGGUGGGGGUGUUUUUACGGGAUCCUUUAAAAUAUUUCUAGAUUUAUGGGAGCUAUUGGAGUUGCUCUUAGUGUGUUUGUCAGCGGUACGUCUGACUAUUUAUAAGGGUGAUGCCAACAGAUGAUCUAGUUUCAGCGAAAACAAACACCACUCGCGGGUCAAAAAUUAAAUAGUCUGUGGUGGCAUAGUUAUCAUGACUGUCGAACGGGAGCUAACUGUUCUGUCUAUUAGUACUGUGAUGAAGGUACAAAUAUUCUACCCGACAGUGGGAGAACAUCCAUGUAAACAAGCCCACAUUUUGCACCCAAGUAUAAAAACUCUUCUCCUAUAUAACAUAAGCCCUUCCAC